UCUCCUCCUUAACGAAAGAGGAGCCCCCCUGGGUGAGGCCAGGGGUCGGGGCAGGCGCAGCUCCCCGGGUCCCUUUUCAUUGCAGCUGGCCGAGGAUUUUACUGCCUAGAACUACACAGGAAUGUUCACGUCUUGGUUUUCCUGAAGGACAUAAUGUUUUAUUGCGCCGCAGACACCAUUUCUGUCUCUCCUUGUUUGGCAGCUAUGUGGCAUGGCAACAAGUGUUUGCUUUCCCUCCUGGGGUGGAUUAGGUUUAGAGGAAGGUGAAGAGGAGGCGGAUACUUUACCAACAAACAAAAACCAAACAGCAGCGAGCUGGAGAGGUGGCGAGGCAGACGACAUCACAGCCUCAACUAAAAACACAGACUCUCCACAGACUGGAGCAGAGUGGUGACAGAGCCCAGUGUUUACUACAGUAUUAUGGGCUGGAAGGACAACGAGUGCACUUCUUGGGGAGACGUUGAUGACCAAAAAACAGAAGUCCACGAUGACAGAGAGACUGGAGGCUCAAACCACUACAAACCCUGUAGCUCCCCAGAAAAUGAUAAUUUGCCUGAAUGUGCAUUUCCUGGCGACAAUGCUGUCAACACUGACGGUAAUGGAGCGGAGAGGAGUCACAAAGCAAAGAGCUGCGAGGUGGACGAAGAAGAGGGACACCUGGUGUAUCACAGCGGCCUGGUGAUGAAAGAGAGAUAUGAGGUGGUGUUGACGCUGGGAGCAGGAGCCUUUGGAAAAGUGGUGGAGUGUAUCGAUAGAGAGAAAAACGAGCAUGUGGCCGUGAAAAUCGUGAGGAACAUCGAGUGUUUCCGAGAAGUUGCGAAGUCUGAGAUUGCAGUGCUGGAAGAGAUCAACAGCCUGGACGAUGACAACAGAUUUGCCUGUGUGAGGAUGCUGAACUGGUUCGAGCACGAAGGUCACAUCUGCAUUGUGUUCGAGCUGCUCGGCCUCAGCACCUUCGAGUUCCUGCGACAGAACGAGUUCCUGCCGUUCAGCGUGGAGCAGAUAAGACACAUGGCCUUCCAGAUCUUCAGAGCCGUCAGCUUCCUGCAUCGCAACCAGCUGACUCACACUGACCUGAAGCCAGAGAAUAUCCUGUUUGUCUGCUCAGACUACGACCUGGAGUACAACAGUGACAUGAGGUGUGAGGCGAAGAAGCUGAGGAGUCUGGAUGUGAAGGUGGUGGAUUUUGGAACCGCCACAUUUGACCACCAACACCACGAGUCGCUGGUGUCAACGCGCCACUACCGAGCUCCAGAGGUCAUACUGGAUUUGGGCUGGAACCAGUCCUGUGAUGUUUGGAGUCUGGGCUGUGUCCUUAUGGAGUUUUACCUGGGACGUACUCUCUUCGCGACCCACAACAGUGUAGAACAUCUGGCCAUGAUGGAGAAAGUCCUUGGACCGAUUCCUCCCCACCUGCUGAAACAGACCAGAAAGCAACACUACAUUCACAAUGAGCGUCUGAACUGGGACGAGCAGAGCUCCUCCAAUGAUUACAUCAAUAAGCACUGCCAGCCUCUCAAGUGUAUGUGGAGGAGGAACGAGGACGAGAGGCAGCUGUUCGACCUGCUCGGCUGCAUGCUGGAGUACGACGUCUGCAGACGGAUCACCCUGGAGGAGGCGCUGUGGCACCCGUUCUUCAGCCCGAUAAGGACGCAGCAGAAGCUUCGCAGCUAGCAUAGACGCACAAAACACAUUCAUUAUCUACCUCGGGCUGUAAUCUAAAACAUUACUCUAACUGAUUGUUUCAUUCCUGUCUGUUUAAAAAACAACCUCCCAUCAUAAACAGUCUGCAUGCCAUUGUAAAGUAUUUAUGUGAUGCUGAGCAUUUCUGUGAUUUCUUUGU